AUGCAACUCAGCUGCCUGUGUGGCCUGGCUCUGUUAUCCUGGAUCACCUGGACUGCCUGUUGGAUGAUGUGGGUGAACAACUGCCUUCCAAUAAUGAUGUAUUGCCUGCAACACCUUCUAAACAUUGGAAAAGUCAGUUAUCUGCAGCAGUGGUUGCUGCACAAAUGGCAUUAUCUAGCCAUCCUGUUGGACAUGGAGGCCCCACCUGAGCCAAGGGAUUGUGUCCUGUGUGGAGUGGAUGGAAUCUUCUGGUGCAUUGAGUGUGCCCAUUGGCCAGUCUUCUGCACCAUGUGUUGCCAGGCAGAACACAAGCACCAGCCAUUCCACAGGGUGGAACAAUGGAAUGGCACAUUCUUUGAGGAAUCAUCCCUGCAGCUGGCCAGUUUGGUACUGCAUGUUGUGCAUGGUGGGAAGCACUGCCCAGCUGGUGGUUGUUCAAAUGAUGAAGUCACAGCUGAGGAGGAAGAUGAUUGGGAGGAUAUGCCCUGGGGCAGAGGAUUCACACAUACAGCUGAUGCAGGCUGGGAUGUUUCCUACUACCACAAAGGCCACAAGGACUGCAUUUACCUUCCAAGACAAUGUGGAAUGUGGUACAGGGAACUGCUGAGAGUUGCUAGGAUGUGGCAGCUCCUGAAACUACUGAAAUGGCAGGGAUCCCACAUGAGUGCAGAAGAUACCAGCCCUGGGGAAUUAGUGUUAUUCUGUCUGGCAUGUCCUCAGCCCAGCAUCAACAUUCCUGAAGAUGAAAUGGAUUAUUCCCACUUGGUAAUGGAUGGGAAUUUCAAGGCAGAGCAUAUGCAUCCAAAGGAUGCUGGCAGCAAAGCCUGGUUGAUGGAUGGAAAGGGGUACAUGGUCACAUCACAGCCAUACAAGGAAUAUUUGAGUGGAACUAAAAAUGUGGUUGAGAUCUUGGAUUGCAGCAAUCAUCAGGCAGUUAAUCAAGCAAAUGCCAACUGGCAGCAGCUCACAUCUACAGGAAUAGGUGGAUGUGCCUGUGCAUGGCAUGGCUGUUUUGUGCUGCAUGCAAUGGUUGACUUCCAGAAGGGCAAACAGCAGGUUAACAUGGACUAUGUGCUUGUGCAUGCCAUCAGGCAUGGCACAGUCCCUGGCCAGCAAGUGAUACAUUUCUAUGAUAUUAACUGCCAGUAUAGCAAAGAUGGCAUGCAGAUCUGCCCUGGCAUUGGGUUGUGGCAUGUUCAUGGCCACCGCACAGAAUGCUUUGCACAAUAUGCUCCCAAUUUCAUUGUGGGUGCUGGCCAGGUGGAUGGGGAGAUCAUGGAAACCUUGUGGUCCUCCCUGAAUAUCAUUUCCCCAUCUGCUAGAGGCAUGGCUACUCCCCAUCAGCAGGAGGCUACAGCAAUGAGACUCAAGCAGAAACUCAAGGUUGCUGAGGAAUCUUAUUUAGUGGUUGAAGGCAGGUUUGCUGAUUUGAAUGGUAAUGUCCCACUGGCAAUCAGCCAAUCAUGGGGGGAAGAAGCAGCAGCAGCAUUGGAAAACCAGCUGUCAAGGCCACAGGCCAUGGAUAUAUAUGAGGUCAGGCUGCAGAAAGGAUUUGUGCUGAGUGGUAUUGAAGCUCCCUCUGCAAAGGCAAUCAAGAUAGAUUUACUGGCCAUCCCCCAGCCAGGGCAUUCACAGGGUAUGGUGACCUGGAUUGUGAAGGCAUUGAAGAUAGAGGAAGCACAAAUCCAGCUUACAGUGGCAUGCCAGCACAUCACCUCAAGAGUGACAGAAGCUCAAAAUCUCACCAUUGCAUGUCGCCAUGAUUGUCUCCAGUCCCAUAUACACAACAUUUUUGACACUGCUGAAAAACUAUUUGGGGACAGAUUCAAGGAUGCCAAGCUGUGCCAGUCAUCUAACCUGCAUGAUCCAGAAACCAUUGCAUUGCCACUGCCAUCCAAUCAAGGACAGGCCAAUGAUUGUCUUCAUGAACUGUGGCUUGUGCUUGCAGAGAAGGCAGUCAUCUUUCGAACUGACAUUCACCAUGGAAGUAAUUUCCACAUGGCCAUGCAUGCCUGGGGAAGGGUGGCCAAUGCCAAAGCAGCAGUGCAACAUCAUGCUGCUGUGUACUGCCAGUGCUGCAUUCAAAUGGGCAGGUUGGGGGCCAGGCCAGAUAUCCUGGAGCAAUACAAAGAGUUGAAUGACUCUGACCUAACUAUCAGCAUGGCAGUAUCUGACCCAAAUGCCAGAGGUCACAGAGACAAUACCCUACCUUGGAUCUGGACAAUGGAUGUACCAAGGGACAUGGCUGCUAAUGAUUGGAUGUCAGAAUUCUACAGGGUCAAUUGGCUCUGGAUGAGGGCACUGCAGGACAGAUGGAAGGAGGAGGUUCAGCUGUUGAAAUGCAAGCAGGAGUGGACUAAAAACUUCUUUGAAAACAAGUAUGACAUCUCAUCUUUCAUGCCAUACUUGGGAAUAAGGUUUCAUUGCCUUGUCACCACCAUGAAGAAGCCAGAUUGGAUUAAGGAGUGCUGUGUCAAACUGGCCACUACCAUGUCCCAUGCAUGGUGGCAGAACAACAGUGGCAAAGUGGAAUUGGGAUAUGAGAGGAGACCUCUGUGGAAUGUAAUUACAGAAGCUGCAGAAUUUUUCACAGGAGUAUCAAACAGCAGCAUCUUGCUACCACUGCUUAUUAAUUCACAUCCAUCACCCACUGCUGAACACACUGCACUACAUGUGAUGUGCACAGAAGGCUUGAAGGAUAUUGAUCAAGAGUUAUUGUAUCUUUCCAAGUUAAUCUUACAUUCACAGGAGCAGAUGUCAUCACUGGAAGCUGUUACCCAAUCUAAACUUGCUUUACAGGUUGUAAGGGUGGAGUCAGUGUCAAACACGUGGGAAUGA